AUUGGAGUAAUCAGUGAAGACUGUGGGGAUAAAGUAAUGCUACCAUUGAGAAUACAAGUCCUUCCCAAGUAUAUUGGAGUAAUCAGUGAAGACUGUGGGGAUAAAGUAAUGCUACCAUUGAGAAUACAAGUCCUUCCCAAGUAUAUUGGAGUAAUCAGUGAAGACUGUGGGGAUAAAGUAAUGCUACCAUUGAGAAUACAAGUCCUUCCCAAGUAUAUUGGAGUAAUCAGUGAAGACUGUGGGGAUAAAGUAAUGCUACCAUUGAGAAUACAAGUCCUUCCCAAGUAUAUUGGAGUAAUCAGUGAAGACUGUGGGGAUAAAGUAAUGCUACCAUUGAGAAUACAAGUCCUUCCCAAGUAUAUUGGAGUAAUCAGUGAAGACUGUGGGGAUAAAGUAAUGCUACCAUUGAGAAUACAAGUCCUUCCCAAGUAUAUUGGAGUAAUCAGUGAAGACUGUGGGGAUAAAAUAUUGGAGUAAUCAGUGAAGACUGUGGGGAUAAAGUAAUGCUACCAU